AUGAGACCGCUCCUCCUGGCCCUCCUCGGCGUCUGCUGCCUCGCCGCGCACGUGGUGGAAGGUGUGGGGAGUGAGGCCCUGGAACAGAAAAUCUGUGUGAGUCUGACUACCCGGCGGCUGCCCGUGAAAAACAUCAAGACCUACACCAUCAAGGAGGGGCCCAUGAAAGCAGUCAUAUUUAUUACCAGACGUGGAUUUAAAGUCUGUGCUGAUCCACAAGUCGAAUGGGUGAAAAAAGCGGUGGAAACCAUGGACAAGUCCAACAAAAAAAUCACAAACCAGACCAAGCCCACGGGAGCCCAGCAACCCACCAGAACAGCCGUGACAAGGAGGUAG